AUGGAAGACCCCGAGCUUGCUGCUAUCCGAGCUGCUAGAAUGAGCCAGCUGAAGCAGAACGCAGCUCAAGGGGGAGGGAGCGAGGGCGGGGAAGAGGAAAGCAAGCGGGCAGCCGAGGAGCAGAUGCGUAGAGACUUAUUGGCCACUGUCUUGGACCACGCUGCAAGGGAACGACUGGCGCGGAUAGCGUUGGUCAGUCCUCAGAGAUCUCAACAGAUCGAGGCGAUUCUCUUGCGAAUGGCUCAGACUGGGCAAUUGCGCGGGCGAGUUACGGAGGAACAAUUGAUUGAGUUGCUUGAGCAGGCAGAUGACGCGCAAUCCAAAUCAGCACCCAAGAAGGGUACCAUCGUAGUGCGUACUCGGAAUCCCUUCCUUUGCAGCACCGUCAAUUACUUAAUACCUUCUAGUUCCAACGAAGGAAAGGGAGCAUCGAUGAUGAUUUUGACCUCUAGCUUUCGCCGAACAUCGCAUUCACGUAUAAUUCUAUUCGCAAUGUCUUCUCGUGUACACCCGCACUCGCCACUGCCAGCGCCUGCCCUACACGCUGCUAAUCCUUCUACUCAAUCCAAGUCGCAUGUCCUCGCUGGUGUUCAGGACGCGUACUGGAGCGAUGACGAGGCUGAUGAUGCGGAAUGUCCACUCUGUCUCGAAGAGAUGGACAUCUCGGACCUCAACUUCAAGCCGUGCCCUUGUGGGUACCAGAUCUGUCGUUUCUGCUGGCACCACAUCAAGGAGAACCUCAAUGGACGGUGCCCAGCUUGCAGGCGAGUGUAUACCGAUGAGGCCGUCCAAUUCAAGCCCAUCAAUAAGGAAGACCACAAGCGCUUGACGCAACAGAAAAAGCAGAGAGAGCGUGAACGUAAAGAGCUUGAUGCUCUGGGCAGGCGUCAUCUGGCAAAUGUCCGGGUCGUGCAGCGCAACGUGGUGUACGUGGUGGGAAUGGGACCUCGUUAUGCUAAGGAAGAGUUGAUCCCCACUCUGCGCUCAAGCGAAUAUUUUGGCCAGUAUGGGAAGAUAUCCAAGAUCGUCAUCGUCAAGCGUACUUCGCCCGGUGGCCGUGCUCCUGUCGUCGGGCUCUAUAUCACGUAUCAUCGGCGUGAAGAUGCUGCUCGUGCGAUUGCCGCCGUUGAUGGUGCGCCAUCGCCUGGUGGCGGGAACGAGAUUAUGAGGGCCAGCUAUGGUACAACGAAGUACUGCAUGGCCUUCUUGCGUGGUGCCUCGUGUCCCGACCAUGGCUGUAUGAAUCUUCAUGAGUGGGGUGAUGAAAAAGAUUGCUUCACAAAGGAGGACUUGACCACGCUCAAACAUACAAUGAAGGACACAGAGAACAGGCUACGGACUACGACAGUCAUGCGGAAAGUUGAUGAGGCCGAUGCUGGCUUGCCUCGCGGAGCUUCCUGGGGUAAUAAAAGCUCGACCCAUAUUGCUUCCAAUGCACUGCACAAUCAUACAAAUAUGUCGCAGAGUGUGACACGUCAGACAAGACGCGGCGCUACGAGCACCAGACAACAACGGUCAGGAUCAACAACAACUGGCGCAAUGGAAAGCCGUACGUUAGGAAGAGAUCGCAAAGCUGCUGCGACUGCGGGCAAGGCACCGUCGGUGUCGUCGUCGUCUCGCCCUGCUACGCCAGCUAUCAACCGACCUGCCACCCCCAGCGCUGCCAGGGCAACGAAGCCAAAGGAGUCUGUACAGCAGCAGCAGCCUACUCGCUCACCUACAGUCUCUACUGCAGUGGUGUCUGAUCGUGUAUCAACCGGACGGGACGUGCCUGCUUCUCCGAUGCCCGCUCGUCAACCUGUCGCGAAGUUGCCCUCUGUAUCACUAGGUAUCCCCGUCGUCCCUCCUGGAUUGCCGCCACCUCCAGGCCUCCCUGCACCGUCCCGCACCACAUCGGCUGUAUCAUCACCGGCCCUGAUUUCUAUGCAACCUGUACCAUCCUCAUCGUAUCAGAUGUCCACGCAAGCACAGGCGCUAAUGGAGGACAUCAAAGCGCGACGCGAGAUGCCCGCCUCUUCUACUGAACGGAGUCCGUUCCCCGAUUUCGAUCGUAUGCUGCAGACACUUAGCGGAGACGAUGGUUCGUAUGGUGGUUUCAGCUUCAAUCUGGAUCCGGCUCUGGCAGGUGAGAACGUGGAUGCGACACUCCCCCUACCGGAGCUGGAGGCGGGCCCUCAUACGCCUUUCAAUGGUACGUUCUUGGAUCCGUUCCCGGCCCUCAGACAUGGCGCACCUGCAAGCCCUCUCAUGCCGCCGCCUGGUCUGUCCCAUCCUCCUCGCUCAACGUUUGAUCUUACACUGCGGCAACCCCUCGAGAGGCAGUCCACCGGCAGCUCUGGCUACACUGGCUCGUUCAACCCGUUUGCUGCGGAGGCAAUCGAGGAAGCGCCCUCUCGGCGCUACUCGCCUUUGGAGGAAGAACGUCAAGUUUCCCGGUUUGGCUUCGCUCGUGGUCGACAGGGUUCAUCUUCCUCUUCGCUGCAUCCUGCUUCACCUUUGACAAACGUGGACAACUCCUCGCACAUGUCUUUCUAUCCUUCAUCUGAACUGGCGUCUCCUGCGAGAGGAACGGCGCCUCAUUGGCCAUUCCAGAGCCGCCACGAGUACAGCCAGAGGACCUCCGCCAUGAGUUCACCCUUGGCUCAGCACGCGCAAGCCGCUCACGUCCAGCAGCAGCCUCCACCUUCUGGCCCAUUCCAGCCCUUUGAAACCGGUGUUAGUGAAGCCCAGUUGUGGGAGCUCAUCAGCUCCAGUCGAGAGCGUGCCUGUCAGUCGCAGAACGGACCGUCUGAUCAAUCUCAGUACAACACGACUCCUAAUCAGCCCUUCAAUGAUCCUGCCAUCAUGUCUGCCAGAAUGGCUUCUCCGGUUUCUCAGCAAGCGACGCCAGAUGGUGGAUUUUCGUAUUCGCCUUCGAUAGAAAGCAUUCCAUCGCAGCAGGUGGCGUUUGGCCCUCCUCCCGGAUUGUCCUUUGGUGAUGGCCCUGCGGCAAGUAUCCCUGGCUCGAUCGGUCAUCAUGCCUACGGGACUGCAAGUGCGUCGGCCUCCGCGUUGGAAGCGUCCAAGACGAGCGGAUCAAUGAAUGUUUCGACGUCCCCCUCCCUUGAGCCUUCUAUUUCCGCCUCCCCCGCCUUGUCAUCUUCGGACUUUCCCGCAUUGUCAGCGGCUGAACCUGCCGCCCGUCGUGAACAGCCGCAAUCUGGAAGUAGCGCCAACGCUGGCUUAGCAGGCAUGGACAGUGCAGCGCAGGUCAAGGCAGAGCGCAAAGCAGCGAAGGCGGCUGAACGCCAACGUAUGCUCCAAGGGAAAGCAGAAGCGAAAGCAGCUGAGAAGGAGAGGAUUGCAGCGCAGAAGGCAGCUGAGAAGGAGAAGGCCGCAGCGCAGAAGGCCGAGAAGGAGAGGCUGGUGCAGGAGAGAGCAGAAAUCGAGAAAGUUGAGAAGGAGAAAGCGGCGCAGGAGAAGGCAGAGAUGGAACGGGCAGAGAAGGAGAAGGCGGAAAAGGAGAAGGAGCGAUUUGAGAAAGAGAGGGCCGAGAAGGAGCGAGCUGUUCAAGCAAAAAAGACAGCUACGUUGAAGGCGUCAAAUGACAACGAUGAGAAGUCGUUGAAGCAGGGUCAAAGCUCCGAGAGGACGCCUCGACGGCCCUCGAAACGUGCAUCCUCUCCGAUCCUUAUUUCAGAGCCUGUAACGCAUGAGCCCAUCCUGGCUAGGAUGACUAAGAAGAACAAGCCCGUCGCGAAACCACUCAGAAUCCCGAAAGAGCAUUCGAGCGCGGACACUGCGUCAGCUCUUCCCUCUGCUGCCACUUCUGAGGCCGCUCCUUCGUUGGAGAUGCGAGGCAUCGAGAGCAGCUCGAACAACUCACGCGCCCAUUCAGUUGAUCGGCUGAUAGCGAACCAGCACACCCGUCUGCAGAAACUCUUGCAAGACCUCGACGCGGAAUUUCCCUACCUGAAUGCCUCGAAGCACCCGUUUUUUGAUCUGCAGAAGAUCAAUCCGACGUCGAAGAUGCCUCUGGAAUAUGGCCCGCUUGUGCACGCCCUGUCCGCGCUCUCAGUCGGUGGCGGAUCGUUCGCGAACAACAUGCCGUCUGGUUCGAUCGACCACGCGGUUUCGUCUUUCCAGCAGCUGUUGGAGACAUUGACGCAAACAAUCUCGGACCUUCUUCGUUUGCUCCCUCGCAAGACAUGGGAUGAUAACUCUUCGUUCGAUGGCGUGCUUCGUGACAUGCUCAAGGGCGACGACUUCUCGGACGACGGAGGCGAAGACCAAAACGGGCACGCGAAGGAAGACGAGGUCGCUGCGCUUACUCUCGCUCUCGAACGCCGAGCGCGGUGGAUGGAGGUGCAGCUUUCGAAGCUGGAGGAGCUCCAUCGAGACAUCAACACCGCUGCCGUGCGCGCGGUGCUUUCUUUCAACGACAACGGAUGGGACAUGCACGGUUUUCUCCCUCGUGUUGGCAACAGUCUGGCGCGCUUUGAUCAGCUAGGCAAGGUCAAUGAGAACGGAGUGUGGAGGAUGAUGACGGCGGACGAGUUGGAGAAGAAGCUGUCGGUGGCGAAGGAGGCUGCGGUUUUUUCAGAGGCGGAGUUACGGGAGUCGAUGCAGCGUCUGCAGGUGCUCAAGCCCGUGCCCAUGGAUGUCUGA